ACUAAAGCAGGGAAUUAAUUCACUGAUGUAGGGGAGCGCAGCCUCCGCCAGCUGCGGGCGGAAAACCAUCAUCACCGAAUCCCAGAAACCAUCGCCGAAUCCCAAAAACCAUCACUGAAUCCCAAAAACCAUCACCGAAUCCCAAAAACCAUCAUCACCGAAUCCCAAAAACCAUCAUCACCGAAUCCCAAACACCACCAGGAGAUCCCGCGGCAGGGAGGGAAGGAGGCGGCCAAGGGAGCAGCAGCAGCCAUGGAGGAGCACAAAUGACGCCCUGAGCCCGUCCCUCAGCCGAGCCGAGCCGCAGAGCAGCGCCUGCUGCGGGCAGCGCCGACCUAAAUGCAUCCCCAGGCUCCUCCAUCCUCAUCCUCCUCAUCCCCGGCGCCAUCCGGGGGCUGCACCUGCUGAGCCGCAUCCAGCGGGAGGAGGAGGAGGAGGAAUGCCGAGCUGGCAGGGAGGAAGGCUCGGGCUCGCCUUUGUUCCCCUCUGAGCAGCGGCAGCGCCUGAGCCCUUCCCGGGGGCAUCUGCUGGCUCCAGCCCCUCCCUGGCAGCCAUGGGCACCACGGAGGCCACGCUGAGGAUGGAGAACGUGGAUGUGAAGGAGGAGUGGCAGGACGAGGACUUCCCCAGGCCUCUCCCAGAAGAGACAGGGAUGGAGUCCCUGGGAAGCCCCACGGAAGACGAGACCACGUCCUCUCCCCCCAACACUUUGAACUUCAACGGGGCCCAUCGGAAGAGGAAGACCCUGGUGGCACCUGAAAUCAACAUUUCCCUGGACCAGAGUGAGGGCUCCAUCCUCUCUGACGACUUCCUGGACACCCCGGAUGACCUGGACAUCAACGUGGAUGACAUUGAGACUCCUGACGAGACAGAUUCCCUCGAGUUCCUGGGCAACGGGAACGAGCUGGAAUGGGAAGACGACACCCCCGUGGCCACGGCCAAGAACAUGCCCGGGGACAGCGCAGACCUGUUUGGGGACGGGGGCACCGAGGAUGGCAGUGCCACCAACGGGCGCCUCUGGAGAACCGUCAUCAUCGGCGAGCAGGAGCACAGGAUCGACCUGCAGAUGAUCAAACCCUACAUGAGGGUGGUGACACACGGAGGAUACUACGGAGAAGGCCUCAACGCCAUCAUCGUCUUCGCUGCCUGCUACCUCCCCGACAGCAACCUGGCAGAUUAUCACUACAUCAUGGAAAACCUCUUCCUGUAUGUGAUCAGCAGCCUGGAGCUGCUGGUGGCUGAGGAUUACAUGAUCGUGUACCUGAACGGGGCCACGCCGCGCCGGAGGAUGCCAGGCCUGGGCUGGCUCAAGAAGUGCUACCAGAUGAUCGACAGGAGGCUGAGGAAGAACCUCAAGGCCCUGAUCAUCGUGCACCCCUCGUGGUUCAUCAGGACUGUCCUGGCCAUCUCCAGACCCUUCAUCAGUGUGAAGUUCAUCAAUAAGAUCCAGUACGUGCACAGCCUGGAGGAGCUGGAGCAGCUCAUCCCCAUGGAGCACGUGCAGAUCCCAGAGUGUGUCCUGCAAUAUGAAGAAGAGAGGAUCAAGGCCAGAAAAGAAAGGGCAGAGGAGAAACAGGACAUGGCUGAGAGGGAAAGCAUGCCCGUGCCCCCAGCAGAGGAUCAGGAGACCAGCAUGUCCUGAGUGGGAGCAGCACAGAGGAAUGGAGUAGAGAAGGAGCAGCCUGGAGUCACCCACCUCAGCGGCCUCUGGGGACGAGAGCUUGCCACCACCUUCUUCCAAGCCCUGUAAAUCCUGGAGCCUGCCUCCUCUGCCUCCAAGAUGCAAAGUCCUUCCACCUCUUGGGAAUCGCUUUCCUUUUUUUUUAAAAAAAAAAAAAGAAAAAAGAAAAAGAAGAACAAAAACCGAACAAACUCCCCCGCAGAAAACAAAGCAAGAGCAGCACUUUACAGGACAGGUUCUGGUGUGUUUAGGGAAUGGUCUGUGGAGAGCAUUGCACAGCGCAGAUACUCACUGUGUAUCCUUGGAGUAAGUCAAGAGCGUCCUCCAGUCCAUGAAUCUCCAGCCCAGAAAGAGAAUUCAUUUUGGUUUCAGUCAUGAACCUUCCCUUCACUCGCUGCUGGCCAGCAUGGAGCACCCCCAGGCUCCUCCAGGACACCCCAAAAGCUGAGAACAGCCACCACGGGCAAUGGGAAGAGCUUCUCCCUCCUUUUUCCAGCCAGCGCGAGCUUCUUCCAGAAGAUUCCGAGUGCCCGCGGCCUGGGCAGCACUGCCAGCUUCCACUGUUCCUCUGGAACUCAUUCCCAGCAGGAACCCCCAUGGUCCUUCCAUGGUUUUUCCUGGUUUUUAUCCCAUCCAGGUGCGUGAGGCACUCUGAAGGGAUCCCACGGAACCUUCUCCUGAGGGCACACACCCCAAAGGGUCGGGGUUUAGAGGGAGCUUUCCAGGAUAAGGAAAUUCUCCAGGCCCUGUCUUGGUCUCCACUGGACAAUCACCCGCUGCUGAUGCUGCUGAAGGGCUGGGAGGUUCCCUGAGGAGGGAAAUGCUCCUCCAGCACAUUAAAUUCCACAUUCCUGCCUGGAAUGGCCCCAGGGAGGGCGCAGAGCACAGGCCUUGCUGCUGGGGCCCACAGGCGCAGGUGGGACUCGGCCUCUGGGGAUUCGGGAUUUGGACUCGUGAGGAUUCUGUGAGCAAAGGAAAGGGGGGGAAAGAAAUGAAGGAACAACAGUCUGGGCAAAAUUCUGUGGGAAUUCCUGAUUUCAGAGGCAGAGCCAGCUUGCAUGGCCUCAGGCUGGGUCCCUGGAAUGUCCCAAGGCCGGGCUGGGACAGUGGGAGGUGUCCCUGGACGGGGUUUCAGGCCCCUCCAAAUCAUUUUAGGAUUCUCUGAUUCCAUGAUCGGGUAAAACCCCUCUCAAACACCUGCAGAUGAAGGAUUCCCUGCCCAUUCCUUCACUUCACCAACCCUGUCAUCCUCCAGAUGAAGAAUCCCCUGCCCAUCUCAUCGUCUCGAGGAGAAUUCCGGUAGAGCAGGAUUUCUCCUGAAGGUGGGGAUGGCUCCUCUGAUCACACAAAGCUGCUUUUCUCCUCCCUUCAGUGAACAAAACCACUCUGGAUGAGCCCCUUCGUCCCCUUCAAGGAAGCAUCAAAAUAACUUUUUAACCUUAAUUCUCGUUUGAGACAUUCUCCUCACACGCUCCAGCCAGGGAUGGAAAGCAGAGCUCUGCACCCACAGCACCAAAGGAAAAGAAAAAUAAAAUUCCACAUUCUAUCUAAACAAGAUUAUAAACCAAUUAUUGACAAAAUAUUCCAAGCUGGAAGGGGCUUGGAGCGCCCUGGGGUCACGGCAGGGUGGCACUGGAUGGGAUUUCAGGUCCUUUCCAACCCAAACCAAUGGGAUUUCACAAGGAAUUCUGCAAAAUUCGAGGCAAGAAGAGCCCUUCAGGUGUUUGUGGAGCUCAGGGUUCUUCCAGGUGACUCCUCCCUGGUGUGCUGAGCUCCCAGCUCUGUCUGGAGGCAGAAGGAGCAGCCAGGAAUCCCCAAAUUCCCUCCCAGUGCCUCUGUCCCAGGGGUGAAGGAAAGACUUUGCUGAUUAAACCAAUUUCAGUUCCCACCAUGAACAAUCUCAAAGCUCCUCGUGGGGCCCAGAGGCUGGGGUUUCACUGAGAACACUUCAAGUUGAUUUUCCUUUUGGUUUUUUUUUUCCUCUUUUUUUUUUUUUUCCCUUUGUUUUUAUGGAUUUAGAGGGAAAUUCAUCAGAUUUCCACCCCACGCUGGAACUGCAAGGGAAGUUUGCAAUUAUUCAACAACAAAGCGGACGAAACGUUGAGUGAUGGGGUCAAAAUCCAGCUCUGGAAAAUGUUUGUGCAUCAAAAAACGUUCAAAAACACAGCUGGGAUGGAAAAGAUGGAUGUGGGAGAUCAGGAAUCCCAACCUCCUUUCAUGAGGGAUCCGCACCAGGAUGGAAUUUGCGUUUUGGUUGUUUCAUUCCUCCCCAAACCCACUCUGUCUGCACUUUCAGGAAAAAAAAGAAAAAAUACAAAAUGAAACUUCACCUUUUUCCAAGUAACUCCUUCAGAGCAAGGGAAUUUCAGCUGGGAAAAGGACAGAUCCCCAAUUUCCCUUCAUGAGAUGGAGAUGGGCAGUUGUUUCCAUACAAAAAAAAAAUCAAUUUUUAACUUCUUGGAAGAAAUUUUUGGUUUUGUUCUGUUUCAAAAAGUGCACUUUGUGAUGGAGCACUCCAAGUGGUGUGCAUUAGAUUUUAAUUUUUCACUGUUUUAUAAGCAUGUAAAGUUUAUGUUCAUGGAUGGAUGGAUGGACACAUGGAUAAAGUUUUUAUGUCUUUUAUCACAGAGAAGAACCCUGCAGCCUCAUCAAGGAGAAAUUAGAAAUGUCAAAAGUGAAUUUUAGAGCAUCCAAAAAAAAAUUAAAUUAAUUAUCAUUGAGUUAUUUCAACCAGUUGAUUGCAAAGCAAAAAAUCUACAAAUUCUUGGACAAAACCACAAAAAAGGAAAAUGUCCCUGUGCCAGAGGUGGGGUGACAAAUCUCAGCUGGAUGGGGAGAAAUCUGCACUGCUGCUGGUGGAAGUGCAUUUCCAGUAGAACUUUGACCAGUAUAUAAAUAUAUAAAUAUGUUUAAAGAAGCAAAUGAAAUAAACUCAUCCCUUUAGCAAUACUGCUGGACUGCUCAGAGCCCCCAGCGAGCACCAAGGCCCCGUUCCUGCCUCACAAAAUCAUCCCUGGAGGACCAGGAUCUUCACUCCUCAAUUCCCUGGAUUAUACUGAGCACUUUCUGGUCUGAUUUGACUUUUCCUGAGAUUUUUCUCCCAUGGGAAGCCACAUUUUAGCUGCAGAAAAAAAGUUCUUUUAUGCCCAUAUUCACCAAAUCCUGGUGGUUUCACUCGUUGUGUGUUUAAUGGCAGGACCUCAAUUCACUCCACAUCAGCCUGAAAAAUCCAAUUUCUUCCUGUGCAGAGCAGGAAUUCCCUUCCCCUCCCUUGGAGGAUUUACCCUCAGCUCCAGGAACUCCAACUUUUCUGCUUUUCCCACCCAGAUUUGGGGCUGGCCAUGAGUUUUUGCUGUGGUUCACAAGGAAGGCACAGGAACCAAAGCUGGAUUCCAGGGCAGGAAUUCAUCCCAAUCCUUUCUGUCCAGUGCUGUGGAAAUGCCAGUGGAUGUUUAGAGCUUCCAUCAUGGUUUAUUUUUCUAUCUUUAUUCCCCACAGAGGUGCAGAAAAAAAGGUUUUGAAGGCAACAAAUCCUCUUUUUUUAGAGGAUUUCAAAAAAAAAGCCAGGAGUCAAAGAAGGGCUGGGAUGGGCCUGGAGCAGGAGAAAGGGACAAAAAAACCCCCACAAAAAGCACAUUUUCCUCUUUUCUAUUUCCUUCUUUCCUUCCCUCCUGGCAGCCAGAAACUCAGCAGGUUUUGGUAAAAUGGAGUUGACAAUAAACAACAAUCCCAGGGUUUUGUUUUUUGUUUAUUUUUUCCUUUUUUUUUUGGUUCCUUUCCAGCCCAACCCCACCUGUACAAACGUGUGAAAUGUCAUUUUCUGCAGUGGUUGUAAUUAGGUGGUUUGUGCUAGCAGACUCUUCAUCUGUGCCCUGAGUUUUGCUUUGUACUAUUCCAUAAAUUCCGUGGAUAUUCUAUUAAAAUGAGACUAAUCCUUCAGCCAA